GGCCGCGGCCGCUGAGGAGGCGCUGACUUCGGCGGGCGCCCUGGGUGGCCUCGUCCAGGACUAUGUGGUCGGGCAGCAGGACGGCCCGGCGGCCGAGGUGGCGGCAGAUGUGAAAUCUGGUCGCUAUACUGUAUUACAAGUGGUGGAAGCCCUUGGAUCCUGCCUAGAGAAUCCAGAGCCCCGGACUCGUGGUCGAGGGAUCCAGCUUCUGUCCCAGGUGCUACUUCAGUGUCAUCCCUUGCUCCUAGAAAAGGAAGUGGUGCACCUGACCCUGUUCUAUGAGAAUCAGCUCAAGGACCAUCACCUGGUGAUCCCAUCUGUCCUGCAGGGUCUUCGAGCACUGAGUAUGUGUGACGUCCUCCCUCCAGGCCUGGCUGUCUCUGUGCUCAAGGCCAUCUUCCAGGAAGUGCAUGUACAGUCUCUGACACAGAUGGAUCGCCACACAGUCUACAGCAUCAUUACCAAUUUCAUGCGUACCCGAGAAGAAGAGCUGAAGGGCCUGGGAGCCGAUUUUACCUUUGGCUUCAUCCAGGUAAUGGAUGGGGAGAAAGAUCCCCGAAAUCUUCUGGUGGCCUUCCGAAUUGUCUAUGACCUCAUCUCAAAGGACUAUAGCUUAGGGCCCUUUGUAGAGGAACUCUUUGAGGUGACAUCCUGUUACUUUCCCGUUGAUUUUACUCCACCACCUAAUGACCCCCAUGGUAUCCAGAGAGAAGAUCUCAUCCUGAGCCUUCGUGCUGUUCUGGCUUCCACACCUCGAUUUGCUGAGUUCCUACUGCCACUGCUGAUAGAGAAAGUGGACUCUGAGAUGCUCAGUGCCAAGCUGGACUCCUUGCAGACGCUGAAUGCCUGCUGUGCUGUGUAUGGGCAGAAGGAGCUGAAGGACUUCCUGCCUAGCCUGUGGGCUUCCAUCCGUAGAGAGGUAUUCCAAACAUCUAGUGAGCGGGUUGAGGCCGAAGGACUGGCAGCCUUGCACUCCCUGUCUGCGUGUUUGUCUAGAUCCGUGUUGGAGGCUGAUGCAGAGGAUCUCCUUGACUCCUUCCUUGGCAGUAUCCUAGAGGACUGCAGGCACCACUUGUGUGAACCUGACAUGAAGCUGGUGUGGCCUAGUGCCAAGCUGUUGCAGGCAGCUGCAGGUGCAUCCGCUCGGGCCUGUGACCGCAUCACCAGCACCGUGAUACCCUUGCUUCUGGAACAGUUCAAUCGGCAUGGCCAGAGCAGCCAGAGGCGGACAAUUCUAGAGAUGCUUCUGGGUUUCUUAAAGCUACAGCAAAAGUGGGGAAAUGAAGACAAAGAUGAAAUACCUCUGAGUGGCUUCAAGGCUCCCAUAUGCUCAUUGGUCUCCUUGGCCCUGACAGACCCCAGUACACAGCUCCAGCUUGUUGGCAUCCGUGCCCUCACAGUCUUGGGUGCCCAGCCAGGGCUGCUAUCUACUGAGGACCUGGAAUUGGCAGCUGAUCAUCUCUACAGGCUGAGCUUCCUGAAGGAGGAUUCCCAGAGUUGUUUGGCAGCAAUGGAAGCGUCAGGGACGCUGGCCACCCUCUACCCCACAGUCUUCAUUAGCCACCUGGUGCCCCGGCUGGCAGCGGAGCUCCGUACAGGGGACACAGAAUUGGCCAGUGGGGAGGGACCUUCAUACCAGGCCAGACGCUUGCGCUGUCUACAGGCCCUGGCAGCUGUCUCUACACAUCCCAGUAUUGUCAGGGAGACCCUUCCCGUGUUGUUGCAGCACCUCCGUCGCGUGCACAGAGGGAAUAAUGCAGACUCUAUCGAAGUUAUUGCUGUCUGCCGGAGUCUCCACCUGGUAGCUGGGCAGUGCCAGCAGGAGCCUGAAAGUUGCUGGUACUUCCACCAAACGGCCAUACCUUGCCUGCUUGGCCUGGCUGUUCAGGCUUCCAUGCCAGAAAAAGGCCUCCCCAACCUUGGGAAGCUGCUGUUGGAGGAGGAGGUCUUGGCCGCCAUGGUCUCUGUCAUCAGCACAGCCAGCACCCACCUAAGUCCUGAGCUAGCUGCUCGAAGUGUUGCCCUGAUUGUGCCCCUUUUCCUGGAUGGCGACGUAUCCUUGCUGUCUGAAAACAGCUUCCCCAGCAAGUUCCUCCCAUUUCAGAAUAGCUCCUCAGAACAGAAGCGGCUGGUUGCACUUCUCAUGGCCUUUGUUUGCUCUCUGCCCAGGAACGUGGAGAUCCCUCGGCUGGACAGGCUAAUGCAGGAGCUGCUGACCCUGAGCUGCCACCAUGAUGGGCUCUUCUCCUGUACUGCUGCCGCCAAGUGCUUUGCAGGGCUACUUAACAAACACCCAGCAGGGCAGCAGCUAGAUGAAUUUCUACAGAAGGCUAUGGAAAAAGUGGAGGCUGGCCUGAACCCAGGGCCCUAUCGCACUCAGGCCUUCACACUGCUCCUUUGGGUGACAAAGGCUUUAGUGCUCAGAUACCACCCUCUCAGCUCCUGCCUCACCGAGCGGCUAAUGGGCCUUUUGAGUGAUACAGAAUUGGGCCCUGCAGCAGCUGAUGGCUUCUCCCUGCUGAUGGCCGAUUGCCCAGAUGUGUUGCAUCGAGCUGGCCAUGCUGAGAUACGCAUCAUGUUCCGCCAGCGCUUCUUCACAGAUAGCAUGCCUGCACUGGUCCAGGGUUUCCAUGCUGCUCACCAAAACGUGAAGCCAAACUACCUGAAGGGCUUGUCUCACGUACUCAACAGUCUGCCGAAAUCGGUGCUUUUGCCAGAGUUACCAACAUUACUCUCCCUGUUGCUCGAGGCUUUAUCCUGCACAGAUAGCGUGGUACAGCUCUCCACCCUCAGCUGCCUUCAGCCUCUUCUGCUAGAUGCCCCACAAGUCAUGAGCCUUCACAUUGACACCCUCAUUACCAAGUUCCUAAACCUCAGCUGCAGCCCUUCCAUGGCUGUUCGGAUUGCUGCAUUACAGUGUAUAUAUGCACUCACCAGGCUGCCAACUCCCGUGCUGCUGCCCUACAAAAUGCAGGUGAUCCGGGCCUUGGCUAAGCCACUGGAUGACAAGAAGAGGCUGGUGCGCAGAGAAGCAGUGACUGCCAGGGGAGCAUGGUUCCUCCUGGGAAGCCCAGGCAGCUGAGGGCCCAGCCUUGUGCCUGACAACACUGACAGACAAUCUGAUCCAGUUACUGACUUGUCAAGGCGUCUUCCUACCGAAUGGACCCUGGUCCAAGGAGGGGAGACCACUGGCCCCCUCCCCACUGGGUUCAGUUUGUGCUGCAUGGCUCCACAAGGAACACAGUAUUCCUCAUUGCCAAUGAAUAUUGUGAAGUGACCGUGUGGGGCCAUGGGAGUGUUUUGGCAAGAAGAGACCCUGGCUGGGUAGAGGCUACAGAGUAAAGAGGGCAAAGUUGUACAAGGGUAAAGGAGAUACCUGGGUACCCUACUGAGGAACCAGUGUGUGAUUGGCCCUAAGGGCUACAGAGACUUUGUAUGUUGUAUGUGCGCCUGCUGGAGAAUAAAGACAUCUUUUGGCUAUGUGGCCGGUACAGAAAACUCACCCUCCCACCAGCCCAGGA